GAUUGAUUUUGAAAGUUCUGAAUUCUUACUGGUUUCCCCACUAGCCAAGUGUGAUAAAGAAAAUGCAGGAAGGAGAUUCUGCUGACUCUGUGGUUACUUCUCGUCAAAUAAUUUUCCAGAAAACUGUCCCAUCGACCCUAGAGGGCACAGAGGAUUGGGUUAUUGUAGACAAAAUACCCACUGAGGUAGUUGAUGGUGAUUCGAAAAAGAUUGUGACUUACAAGGUGGUGACCGUGAGCAGUAGAACUGGUGACCUCGCACCCGACAUGUUAAAAUCUGGCACUAUUAAAAUGCAUAGCUUCGAAGACUUGGCUCGAGAAAUGCAACUGAAAGAAGACAGCAAACAGAAAAUAUACACUCUAGGAAAAUCCUACGACACUGUCUCCGGGAAAAUUGUUACUAUGACUGAGAAAGCUAGAGAGGGCGAGAAAGUGGGACAGCCCUCCACUAUGGAAGCCCUUCAGAAGAUAGAGAAAGGAAUGUCAGAGUCGGUGAAGACCGUUCCCGGACUGGCAGAGUAUGAGGUCCUGGAAGCCCUUGCCGAUGAGAGAUCCAAGAGAGGACCCGAGGUCCAGACCACAAAGCGGAAAUUGUCCGAAUCCCUGGCACCCAUCAAGGAGGCCGAGUCUCGCCGGCAGAGUCCAGAAGACGAAGACCUCAAGAAGGCUCCACAGCUGGGGAAGGACAUGACCGUCCUCCCUGGCCUGGAAGGCAGACGCUUCAGCAAAACAGAGCAAGUGCCAGAGAGUGAGGUCUUAAAAGUGGGCCUCUUUGGUCCCCGAAGGAAGAGCCUGUCGGAAUGGAGAUAUUCCCAGGAACCGGCCUUUACCGUGGCUACUGCCCAUUACGUUACUGAGUCGUCCGCCUCCCGAGUAGUGGUAACCAGUGUCGCUCAUUGGGGCCACAGUUUGCAAUUCCAGCAUGACAGUUUUUGAGGCAGUCCCCUUCCACCCCAAACCUUUUCGUUUCUCUUGCUGCUUGGCUUUAUGUUGAGAACAGCCAACCCAGCUUUUUAAAUUUUUUUCAUGGUUAAAUCAAUACCGCAGUGCAGAAGUCAGCAUUUAAACACUUUCCAUUU